CCUGCCAAACCCACGCCGCCUUCUGCCUCCGCUCCACUUCGAUUAAUUUAGCGAUAAGAUCAAAUAUAUCUUCAAGGAGAAGUCCAAGGAUCAAAUUAAAUUUAAUACGAAUAAGAGAUAAGGAGCGACAAAAGUUUCUGCAAUAAAGUGGAGUCAAAACCAAGCCAACCUCUCUCUCUCUCUAACUCUUUCUCCCUGCCCAGUUCUUCCCCGAUUAGGGGUUGAAGCGUGAUCUUGGCGAUGAAACUUGUCGCAGAAGCUAACGGAAGUCUAAGCAUUGCUUGCAUCGCGGAAAGCUGCCGCCUUUACCAAUCUAAGCAUCAAAUCUCAUGAAUUCUUGGGAAUCCCAAAAGAUUUCUUUUGGCAAAGUUUCGAGCUACCAUAAAAGAACCACCUUUACCACUUGCAGCGACUCCAAUCUUGCUCUGCGGUUAUGAAGAAGGGGAACAAAUUCGUGUAUGUGUUGAAUCAAAGACUCAAGUUUUGGUCCUUGGUGCUCUUCUUCUUCUCCGAUGCUUCGCUCGGCAAUUCCCAGAGCUGCGACCCUGCAGAUUUAGUUGCCCUGGAAAGCUUGUUCAGAGGCCUGGAUUCUGGGAUUCCAGGUUGGAGCUUCAAUGCAUCGGAUUCCAAUUGCUGCAGAUGGGAAGGUGUUUCUUGUGAAAAUUCUGGAGUACUCGGAGCAAGAGUGGUUGGUUUGGAUCUCCAAAAUAGGAGCUUGAAAGGCUUCUUGUCUGAUUCCUUGGCAGAUUUGGAUCAUCUCUCAAGCCUCAACCUUUCCCUCAACUCUCUUCAAGGCACUGUUCCAUCUGGACUCUUCAAUCUCACCAGACUGAAGCACCUAGAUCUCAGCAUGAACAAGCUAUCGGGGCCUAUUCCUCCAGAUUCAUUCCUUCCCUCGAUCGAAGUCUUCAAUGUCUCAUACAAUGCUUUCAGCGGCAAACACCCAAUUUUCUAUCGGUCUACAAGGUUGCUGGUUCUUGACAUCAGCUUCAAUGAGUUAGAUGGUGGUAUGGACACUGAAAUUUGCAACUCUUCGGCCCGAAUUCGAGUCCUCCGUUUCUCGGCAAACUCAUUAUCCGGCGAAUUCCCUGUGGGAUUUGGCAACUGUGCUUUCCUCGAAGAGCUCUCCAUGGAUGCGAAUGGAAUGUUCGGGACUUUGCCAGAUGAUUUGUUCAAGUUGUCAUCUUUGAGGAGGCUGCAUUUGCAGGAGAAUUUGCUCCAUGGUUUGCUUAGCACAAGCUUAGGUAACCUGUCCAACCUUGAGCUCUUGGACCUUUCCUUUAAUUCUUUAUCUGGCAAGAUUCCCAACGUGUUCAUUAGAUUAUCAAAGCUCAAGUAUUUGUCUCUUCAGUCCAAUAAUUUCAGUGGCAGUUUGCCUUAUUCUUUGUCCAACUUAUCACCACUCGCUUUGCUCAACUUGAAGAACAAUUUUCUCACCGGCGAGAUCACUCUCAAUUGCAUGGCAAUGAAUCAGCUUAGCUCACUUAACCUCGGGUCUAACUUCUUCACUGGCACCAUUCCUCACAAUCUUUCUCAGUGUGUAGAGUUGAGAACCUUGAACCUAGGCAGAAACAACCUAACUGGUGAAGUCCCGAGCAGUUUCAGGAACUUUAGCUCACUGUCCUAUCUCUCACUUUCCAAUAACAGUUUAACUAACAUAUCUUCUGCAUUGCUGAUUCUGAAGGAAGUCCACAGCCUUACUGGUUUGGUACUCACAAGGAACUUCCAUGGCAGUGAGAGGAUUCCGAUCAAUGGGAUUCAAGGAUUCAGGAAGUUACAACUUCUGGCUAUUGCAAACUGUGGCCUUCUGGGAUCCAUUCCAACUUGGUUGUCCAAUUUGAGAGAGUUAAAUGUUCUUGACUUGUCAUGGAAUCAUUUGGAAGGGAGCAUACCUUCAUGGAUAGGUGGUCUUGAUCACCUCUUCUAUGUGGAUUUAUCGAAUAACUCGCUGAGUGGAGAAAUUCCAAUCAGUUUGACAGAGAUGAAGAGCUUGAUAUCCGGUAAUAGCUCGCGGUUUGGACCCCCAGAUGAGGACUUCCCUUUCUUUGUGAAGAAGAACAUUAGUGGCAAGGGACUGCAGUAUAAUCAAGUCAGUAGCUUCCCACCAUCCCUAAUUCUGUGCCAAAACAUGCUUGUUGGACCGAUUUCACCAAAUUUUGGGAACCUCAAGAGGCUUCUUGUGCUUGAUCUGAAGCAAAACAGGUUGUCAGGGAACAUCCCAGAUGAGUUAUCAGGCAUGUCUAGUUUGGAGUCUUUGGUUUUGUCUCACAACUAUCUCAGUGGAAGCAUUCCUUCCUCACUGAUCAAGCUCAACUUUCUAUCAAGUUUCAGCGUUGCUUACAAUGACUUGUCGGGUCCAAUCCCUGUAGGAGGCCAGUUUUCGACUUUCUCAACUUUGGAUUUUGAGGGGAAUCCGGGUCUUUGUGGCUUUCACUUGAAACUAUGUGAUUCUGAACAGCAUGAGGGGCAGACUGAACAAAGGAGGAGAAGCAAAGGUGUGAUCAUAGGGCUAGCCUUCGGAAUUGGAGUUGCAACAUCUACUCUUCUUGCUUUCGUUUACUUUCUUGUGUCGAGGAACCAUUGCAGUCGACAGGAUGAUGGCUUAAAGGCGGCAGAUGAUGCGAAUUUGAACGAGGACUUGGAGGGAGCCGAAUCCAGACUGGUGCUUCUGUUUCACAACAUGAACAAUAGCAGUGAGUUGAGCAUUGGUGACAUCUUGAAAUCCACUAAUCAUUUUGAUCAGUCCAACAUCAUUGGCUGUGGAGGAUUUGGUCUUGUUUACAAAGCAAUCCUGCCGGAUGAGAGAAAGGUAGCUGUUAAGCGCCUUUCGGGUGACUACUUCCAAAUGGAGAGGGAAUUUCAGGCUGAGAUUGAAACACUUUCACGAGCUCAACAUCGAAACCUUGUUCUUCUUCAAGGAUACUGCAAGAUUGGCAGUGACAGACUCCUAAUCUAUUCUUACAUGCAAAAUGGAAGCUUGGACUACUGGCUUCAUGAAAAACCUGAUGGUGGCACACUACUAGAUUGGCACAAAAGGCUUCAAAUUGCACAAGGUGCAGCGAGGGGACUGGCCUACUUGCACCAAUUCUGUGACCCACACAUCUUGCACCGCGACAUCAAGUCCAGCAACAUCCUGCUCGAUGAGAACUUUGAGGCUCAUCUGGCCGACUUCGGCCUUGCGAGGCUGAUAUUUCCCUCCGACACUCAUGUCACCACAGACUUGGUUGGCACAUUAGGCUACAUUCCUCCAGAGUAUGGUCAGUCCUCAGUUGCUACUUUCAAGGGUGAUGUGUACAGCUUUGGUGUGGUGCUUCUGGAGCUACUAACCGGUAAACGACCGAUCAAUAUGUGCAAACCGAAAGGGGGGAGGGAGCUGAUAUCGUGGGUGCUUCAGAUGAAGAAGGAAAAGAGAGAAGUGGAGGUGUUCGAUCCUCGGAUUUAUGAUAAGUUGCUCUUCUACCAACUGAUGAAGAUUCUUGAGAUUGCUUGUGUCUGCCUGAGUGAUUCGCCGAAGAUGAGGCCACUGUCAAAGCAGCUAGUGACAUGGAUCGACAGCAUUGGCACAGAUUAGCAACUCAGAAAAUAAGAUUUUUUUUUUCUUUUUUAUUUUAUCACCUCUUUGUGAUCAGGAAUGGGUUAAGAAAUAUGAAUCUGUGUCAUCUGGAUUCUAAGAACUUUGAGUGAUUUCCUGCUCACAAUGAUGAAUUGUACAUAACUGAGUUUUACAGUGUCGUGAUUCUAAGUGAGGGCAUGAUACAAAUACAGAAUUUUGUGCGGUAAAUGUAGAUUAGCCAAACCAAACCUCAAAUUACUACAAGAAAGGAAUUGAUUAGUUACUUAUGAUCUUAGAGGAGUGGUAGUAACAUAUUUGCAAAUGUUUUUGCUUCAAGAAGUGUUUACAUAAUACUUCAAAGGUUCACUAGAA